CAGACGAGCAUCUUGCGCGCAUAGCUACCAACGGGAUCACCUGAGAAGACUCCAAUAGACAUGGGACAUCCGAUUAUUCUCGCGCUCACGAUCGCUGUAUUGACGCCUGCCCUGAUGACGUCGGCCCGUCCAACAUAUUUCAACGACCUCAGCCGAAAGUCCAGUACAGAUGAUGACAUUUUAGGAUCCAUUACGUCAUCAGGUGCCACGGCUCUACUACAAGCCUCAGGGAGCGACCAGACCAAGGGAAAGUCUGUCGCGACGACAGAAGACAUUCUUGACAAGUUUCUUCAACUCAACAACAUUGAUCGUUCAGAAGGAGAGGUGAGCUCGGACGGACUGCUGGCAAGGCUGGCUCAGGACCGGCCCCAGUACUCGGCUGGCCGUGGGGACGCCGCCGUCCACUCCCGCCGGACCAGGAGUGUGACAGACGAGGACGUCCUGCCUGAGCACUACCGAAGGCACAUCUCCCUGCCUCCGAUCCCUUUCGACGACGGUAACAACGUCCAAGGCCGCUCUGUCUGCCCAUGGAGGUAUGAGGACGACACCCAGGCUAACCGCUUCCCUCACACCCUGCGCGUGGCGGUGAAGACGCACACGGGGUCCCGCUGUAUCGACCCGGCCACGGGGGCUCCUCGGGCCGACCUGCGCUGCCUGCCCGUGGAGUACAAGCUCAACGUCCUCCGCAAGGACAGCGAAGGAGUUUGGCAGAUUUCCUCCAACCCAGAGUUCGUCACGGUUGGGUACACGUGCGCCCGCUCCAGGACUGCAUGAGCAGAGCAAACGCCGGACUCAGUAAAACGCCAUAUUCGAUAAACGCCAUUGACCUACAUUUAAUAUAUAAGUAGAUAAUGUACUGCAUUCUGGCAAUGCUACUCAAAUAUAUCGUUGUUAUUGGUGGUCAUGUCAGGCGACAAAGAUUUGCUCUAUCUUCCAUAUUAACUUGACGAUACGUAGACUGCAAUAGUCCAAAUGUAAAGGUGACCAUUACAAAACAUAUAUUAUGUUGACGUAAUGCAACCUUUGUAAGUUUCUUGUUGAGCAGGAAAUGAUUAUGUGGUACAUACUAAGUAUGUUUAGUACUAAUUUUGGAGGGUUCAGAAAGUUAUGCACUA